GGGCGAGCCGUCUCCCCGCCCGCGCCGCUGCCAUGGCGGCAGCUCCGCCGCUCUCCAAGGCCGAGUAUCUGAAGCGGUACUUGUCUGGGGCAGAUGCCGGCGUCGACGGGGGCCCCGAGUCCGGUCGCAAGCGUCGCAAAAAGCGGGCGAAGCCCGGAGGGGCCGGCGGCAAGGGAAUGCGGAUUGUGGAUGAUGAUGUGAGUUGGACAGCUAUCUCCACCACUAAACCAGAGAAGGAGGAAGAGGAAGAUGAUGGAGAUUUGCCUGUGGUGGCUGAGUUUGUGGAUGAGCGGCCGGAAGAGGUAAAGCAGAUGGAAGCCUUUCGUUCCAGUGCCAAAUGGAAGCUUCUGGGAGGCCACAGUGAAGACCUAGCCUCACGUAGGCAUUUCCAUCAUGAUACCCCGGAUUCAUCCCCUCCCAGGAGGGUCCAUCACGACUCUCCAGAUCCAUCUCCCCCAAGGAGGGUCCGUCACGACUCCCCAGAUCCAUCUCCCCCCAGGAGGGUCCGUCACGACUCCCCAGAUCCACCUCCUCCCAGGAGAGUCCGUCACGACUCCCCAGAUCCACCUCCUCCCAGGAGGGUCCGUCACGACUCCCCAGACCCAUCUCCCCCCAGGAGGGUCCGUCAUGACUCCUCAGACACUUCACCAUCCAGGAGGGCCUGUCAUGAACCCUGGGAUCCUUCUCUAUCCAGGAAACCUCAUUGUAAUUCUUCAGAUGUAUCUUCUAGGAAAGCUCGUCAUGACUCACCAGAUCCAUCUCCUCCUAGGAGGGCCCGUCACAAUUCCUCAGAUAUAUCUCCUCCCAGAAGGGCUCGUCAUGAUUCCCCCAAUUUAUCUGCCAGUGCCCCUCAUUCACUGCCCAGAACCAAAAGCAGUAAAGCCCCAGAAAGAACCUAUAGCAAGUCUUCUCCACACUGGAAGGGGCCAGGACCCUCUCGUUCGUCAUUCACAAAGAACAGCAAACAUGAGUAUGCCUCGGACCUCUCUCCGCCACGAAAAAAGCAAGCAAAAUCCCACCUUAGGGAUAAGCAGUAUGAUUCUAAAGGCCCUUCUCCCAGCCAUAGGAAAUUUCAUUUAAGUUCUUCACCUAGGAGACGACAGAGUCACACCUUGAACUCUCCUUCCUACCCAAGUGACAGCAGGAAAGCCUCUGAUUCAGAUCUUUCUCCUCCACGGCAUAAACCCAAACAAAGUCCAGAGCACCAGGAUUCUGGUUCAGAUCUGUCACCUCUACGGAAUAGACCUAGACACCAGAGCUCUGAUUCUGACCUCUCUCCACCAAGAAGGAAACGGACCAAAUCUUCUGAUUCUGAUCUGUCUCCACCUCGAAGGAGUCAGCCUCCUGGAAAGAAGGCUGCACACAUGUUUUCUGGGGCCAAAGCCGGGUUGGUGUUAACUGACAUACAGCGAGAGCAGCAGGAGCUCAAGAAACGGGACCAAGAAACCCUGGAGUUGGAAGCUGAAUUCCAGUAUGCUGAAACCGUGUUUCGAGAUAAGUCUGGUCGUAAGAGGAACUUGAAACUGGAACGUUUAGAGCAAAGGAGAAAAGCAGAGAAGGACACAGAAAGAGAUGAGUUGUAUGCCCAGUGGGGAAAAGGGCUUGCCCAGAGCCGCCAACAGCAACAAAAUGUGGAGGAUGCAAUGAAGGAGAUGCAGAAGCCUCUGGCCCGCUAUAUUGAUGAUGAAGACCUGGAUCGGAUGCUGAGAGAACAAGAAAGAGAUGGGGACCCCAUGGCCAACUUCAUCAAAAAGAAUAAAGCCAAGGAGAACAAGAAUAAGAAAGUGAGACCUCGCUAUAGUGGCCCAGCACCUCCUCCCAACAGGUUCAAUAUCUGGCCUGGGUAUCGCUGGGAUGGGGUGGACAGAUCUAAUGGAUUUGAGCAGAAGCGCUUUGCCAGACUUGCCAGCAAAAAGGCAGUGGAGGAACUUGCCUACAAGUGGAGUGUUGAGGAUAUGUAACUUUUCUGAGGCUGUGGGGGUAACUCUGGGUUGCAGUAAUGGGCAUAGGGCAGCCAGACAUCCAUCUGUUACAGUUGUCUGCGCUAAUAAUCGGGGCCCAUGUAAACCAGCAACUUGUUGAGUGCCAGUUUUGACCCCAGAAGAAUAUUUGGGGUCUGCUGUUUGGACUGAGGCACCUGUAUUUCUCAGGUGUGCCCACACUGGCUGUUGCUUGCUUUCAGAGGAAGUAUUGAUUCUCAGUGCUCCAGGGUUUGUUCUUGGUAAGGUUUUUUUUUUCUUUUUUUAAUUAAUAAACAUAUACAUUUAUUUUUUUAAAGUCAUUCUCUUAACUGGGUAUUUUGUUUCUGGGAAGACCCAAGUUAUAUUGAACCCCCUGAGGAUCCUGGGGGUGAUGGUUGGAUUGUCUGUCCAUUAAUCUUGAAAGCACUGUAAAUAAAAACUUUCACAGUGAUAGAGCCUUUUCUGAGAAGGCAAGAAUUAAUACUAAGCUAGACAUAGGCAUAGACUCAUGGAUAUUUGGAGACUUGGUGUAUGAUAAAGGUGGUGUCACAAUUUAGUGGGGGAAUAGAUGGCUAGUGGUACUCAGAAAAUUGACUUAUUAUAUGAACAAAAGUAAUGUUGGCUCCAUACCUUAUACCAUAUAAAACAAAAUAAAUUCCAGAGGAGUUAAAGACCUAAAUGAAAGGUAAAAUAACAGUAAUAGGGAAAAAUGGAGAAUGUCCUUUUGACCUUGGAGUGAGGAUGAAACAAACAAACAAAAAAAAACCCUUUGCCAUGGAGUCAAUUCUGACUGUUGGUGACCCUAUAGGACAGAGAAAAACUGCCUCAUAGGGUUUCCAAGGAGCAGCCAGUGGACUGGAACUGCCGACCUUUAAGAUUCCCAGUGCACAACCCGUAAGAUUGGAUAGAUUUGACUGCUUUAAAAUGAAAUGUUUCUCUUCGAGAAAGCAUCCCAUAGAUGAAGUUAAUGGUACAUAUUAGGAGAAAACAUUUGCACUGUCUAAAACUGACAAACCAAAACCUUGUCAUUGAGUAGAUUCUGAUUCAUAGUGACCCUAUAGGACAGAGUAAUACUGCCCCAUAGGGUUUCCAAGGAACACAACUGGUGGAUUUGAACUGCCAACCUCUUGGUUAGCAGCCGAGCUCUUAACUGUGACGCCACCAGGGUUCCAAAACUGACAAGGGAUUGACUAUUUAAAAAAUUGCAAAUCAGGAAGAAAAAGAAAACACAAAAUAAAAAUGGGCAAAGAAUAUGAAUAGGUAAAAUCAAAAUGGAAAAUCAGAAUAGCUCAUUCGUGUAUGAAGAAAUUCUCAACCUUAUUAGCAAUUAGAGAAGCAAAUUAAAACAUUAAUGAGUUUCUACUUUGUUAGUUAGGCCAAAAAAAAAAAAAACUGGAACUCUCAUGGGGAAUGAAAACUCAUGGGGAGUUUCAGUUGAUGCCUCCAUUCUGGAGAACAAUGGGCAACACUUACUGAAAUUAAUAUCUGGGAUGCGAUAUGUCAUGCCUUUUAAGAGUAUGGCUCAGGAGCUGUACUGCCUAAGUUUGAAUCCCAGCUUGUCAUUUGCUAGCUGUGUGACCUUUAGUAAGUCAUUUAACUUCUCUAUACCUUAGUUUCUUCAUUUAUAUAAUAGAGGUAAUAGUACCAACUAGUAAGUUUAUUGUGAACUUAGAACAGUGCCUGAUAUAUAAUAAGUAUCACAAAAUUUUUAGCUCUUAUCAUUAUCGUCAUCUUUUCAUCAUCAAGUGCGGUAGCUAGCUUUGCAAAUGGUCCCCAGUGGUCCCUGUGUCCUCAUACUCAAGCCCCUGUAUAGUCUCUUCCCACAAUGAAUAGGACUGACCUAUGUAACCAAUAGGAUGUACUAGAAAUGAUGGUGUGUGACUUCUGAGACCUUGGAUCACUUGCCUUGGGGGAAGCCAGCUGCUGUGUUGUGAGGACACUCAAGCAGCCCUCUGGAGAGGCCCAUGUGGAGAAGUACUGAGGCCUCUCACCAACAGCCAGCCAUGUGAGUGAGCCAUCUUGGGAGUGAACCUUCCAGCUCCAUUCAAGCCCUCAGACGGCCACGCCCCUGGGUGACAGCUUGACCACAACCUCAUGAGAGAUCGUGACCAGAAUCACCCAGCAGAACUGCAUCCAAAUUUUUGACCCACAGAAACUGUGAUUUAAUAGAUGUUUUUAAAAAUAAAUAAAUAAAGCAGCUUUAUGGAGAUAUAAUUAACAUACUGUACAAUUCACCCAUUUUAAAUGCACAGUCCAGUGGUUUUUAGUAUAUUCAGAGAGUUGUACAGCCAUCACCACAAUCAAUUUUAGAACUUUUCAUCACCCCGUGGGUACAUUAGCAGUUACUCCCCUCUUCCCCCCAGUAUCCUCAGCCCUAGGUAACCACUAGUCUAUUUUCUGUCUCUGGAUUUGCAUCUUCUGGACAUUUCAUACAUGUGGAAUCAUACGAUAUGUGACCUUUCAUGUCUGGCUGCUUUCACUUAUGAUGUUUACAGGCUCUUCAUAUGUCGGUACUUCAUUCCUUUUUAUGGUACAUCCCUUGUGUGGAUAUACCAUAUUUUAUUUAUCCAUACAACAGUUGAUGGCUAUUUGAGUUGUUUCCAUUUUUUGGCUAUUAUGAAUAAUGUUGCAGUGUGCAUUCAUGCACAAAUUUUGGUGUGGAUGUGUGUUUUCAUUUCUCUUGGGUAUACACCUGGGAGUGGAAUUACUCGGUUGUGUGGUAACUCCAUGUUUAACUUUUUGAUGAACUGCCAAACUCUUUCCAAAGCAGCAUAUGAGUUGCAGUUGCUUCACGUUCUUGCUAACACUUGUUAUUAUCAGUCUUUGACUAUAGUCAUCCUAGUGGAUGUCAAGUGUGGUUUUGAUUUGCAUAGGAUCGCUAUGAGUCAGAAUCAACUUACAGCAGCAGGUUUGGUUUUUGUUUUUUUAAUGGAUAAUGAUGUGUAUCUGCUUUGGAGAAAGGUUUAUUCAAAUCCUUUGGAUUGUCUUUUUCUUGUUGAGUUGUAAGAAUUCCUUAUAUACCCUGGAUACAAGUUCCUUAUCAGAGACAUGAUUUGCAAAUAUUUGCUCUCAUUUUUUGGGCUAUUGUUUUUCUUAGGGCACUAAGUUUUGGGGUAAGUUGUUACGCAGCAGCAGAUAAUACAUUAGGUAUGUGCAUACCCUACAUGAAAGCAGUUCCACUCCUGGCUACAACCUUUAGAGAAACUUGCACAAACCCACAAGGAGUUGUAUGUAAGGAUGUUUAUCUAUGCAUAGCUUGGGUAGCAAAAAGCUGGAAGCAAUUUUUAUGUCCACCACUAAGGGAAUGGAUAAGUAAAAUGUGCUAUAUGCAUAUGAUGGGAUAUUAUAAAAAGCAGUCAGAAAAUAGCUGUUAAGAAUUUAACAACAUGAUAGACCUCAGAUGAGGAAAAUAAAUGACAGUGAGAUUUAUAGCAAGCUAGGUAAGUAAAUUAAACACACGAAGCCACAUUAGUGUUUAAGGAGGAUUAUGUUUUAACUUACUAGGAUGGGGUCUGUGGGAGGAAUAAAAUGGGGCAUGAAAUGGGAGAAGGGAAACGUGGAUGAAAGCGAUGGUCUCCCAUGAACUGAGGUGUGUGACCAACUCAGUUUUGUGUAACUGAGGCCGUAAGGCAGGUGAGUGUGUGUGUGUGUGUGUGUGCGCGAAUAUACACAUGCAGAUCCAGAAGCAAGGUCCUGCUCUAGUGGAAUUGUCAUUUAGUACCUGUAUUAGUCAGGAUAAGCUAAACUGCUAUACCUCCAGAUACACUGGCUUACUGCAAUAGACGUUUGUUUUUUUUUUCCCCACGGUCACGUGACAUCCAGGGUAGUUUCAGGUUGGGAAAAUGUGAGGGGGAUGCUCUACUUCAUGCAGUCAUCUAGGGACGAGGCGUGUGGCACUUCUGCCAACUUCAGCAUGGCUUCCAAGGCAGCUUUGGGCAUUGCCAUUCCAGUGAGUUUGAGACAGAGCUUGGAGGAUUGCUUGGCAGCUGUUACGGGCCAGCUCUACAAGUGGCACACACUUUUGCUCACAUUCUGUUAGCUAGAACUUAGUUGUUUAACUGCUUCUUAAUGCAAGGAGCCUGAGGAAUGUACUCUGUGCCCAAGAAGAAGGGAAAAGGGGACUUUGUUGGGCAGCUGUCGUCUCUGCCGCAGUGUGCACUUCUCACACUCUUGAAGAAAGGCUGUCCAUUCGCCAGCUUUUAAACACAUAAAUGGAUUUUUAAAAAUAAUUUAUUUUUGUUGAGAGUAUCCACAGCAGGACAUACAACAGUUUCUACAUGUGCAAUUCAGUGAUACUGAUUACAUUCUUCACGUUGUGCAGCUGUUCUAACCUUUCUUUUCUAAGUUGUUCCUUCUCCAUUAACAAACUCACUGCCCUGUUUCCUAUCUUUCAAGUUACUGUUAUUAGUUUGAUCCUAGAUAGAUAGACCUUGAAAGAGCACAAUGCUCAAGGUAGACAUUCUUUACUAGUUUAGCCAAACUGUUGUUUGUUUUAAGAAGACUUCAGGGAAUGUUUUUGGCUUAAGGCUUAAAGCUUAUCUCAGGAUAUUGGUUUCAAGGGUUUAUCCAGCCUCUA